GACGGAUUGCUCGGAUACUUUUAUUUCUACCUUUGUCAAGUUUUAGUUUCGUAGAAACUUUUAUCAGAGGGGAAGGGCGCUGUGUGGGUACCACGGUGUGGCAUAUUAGAGGUGGGGCUGUGUGGCUGGUUGGUGGUGUCGGCGGCGGCGGCGGUCAUCGACGUGGGACGCUUAGGAAACAUCGAUCGAGGGAGCAGGUCGGUCUCCCGCCGCUCAGACCACCUUCACCUACGGCAGGAGCCUUGCCAAGGGCGGCCUAGUUCCUCGGGUCUGGCGUGGGAAUUAAUUUUACCGGCGACAGCUUUAAGCCGGCCAGGGGCGAGGCGGCGCGGACCGACCCACUUGCCAGGCCGCGACUCGGCGGGCUGGAUGGAUGGAGGAUGGAUGGAUUCAUUUGUUGCAGACGUUUGGCGGGAUGGAUGAACGAAAGCCGAACGUCACUACGGGGCACUCGACGAUGGGGCUUCCUCGAGCAAGCGGCAAGCGGCGGUGGUCAGGAGAAGACGGCGGAGAGUCACUGCCGGCGGCCAAGGUGAUCUGCACGUCGCCCCCCCACGCCCUCUGUGCUGAGGACGUGCUGCACCACCCUGCCCUCACCCACGCCAACGCUACCACGCCAGCCCUCGAGUGCGAACUGACUAGUGGCGCUGCGGGUGACCCUUCCACCACCACGCUGGAGCAAGAGGAGCUGCCCCCCGGCGUGCCCGGCAGCGCGCCCCCCUGCCUCCCGGGGCACCAUACCUUCCCAGAGGAGUCCGACGACGAAGAUACUGAUGACGACCACGACGACUUCAUUGAUGACGAGGAGGACAAAGACUCGGGUUUCAUCGACAGCAACUCAAUCGACAACUCUUCGGACGACGAGUCGGAGAACAGAGUGAUUUCCGGAGAUGCGGGGGAGUCUUGCACCUCCGCCUCCACCACUACCACCACCACCUCCUCCUCCACCACCACCACGACGUCCACCUCACUUCAGCUUUCUCUGUCCAAAGUCCUUCCCCCAGCCUCCACCAGCCCCCAGGUGACUCCAUCCCCCACCCCUGCCCUCACCAUGUCACAAGUUCCCAUCCUUCUCCCUUCCCCACCGCUCCCCCUUACAGUAUACACCCCUUCCAUUUCCUCUCUAGUUGCCUGCACCACCAUUCCCCUCGCCUCCACUAAUACAUCCCCUUCCUCCCCUGUGGUAGUGCAAGCCCCAAGCACUCCAUCCCUGCCCACGGUACUCACCUCUACUCCUUCGUCGCCUCCCCCACCCAUCUCUCCAUUCCCGUCCCUUCCCACUACAACUUUUCUUCUUUCCUCUGUCUCCACCACCACCACGUGCACCACCACCACCACCGCCAGCACCACCGCCAGCAGCGCGGAGGAGCAGCCAGGGCCCAAGACUCUGACUGGUGAGGGCAGCAUUACCACAGUCACAGCUGCCCAGACUGGCACUAUGGUCACCAGCACCUAUCAAGGAGCACUAACCUCAUCUGUCUAUGAACCUCACCCCUUCACCUACCCUGGAGAGUCCUAUCCCACCCGGCCCUCCACCCCAACCUGGGAGAGCUGCAACUAUUAUGAUGGUUCUCAGCCCACCACCAAUAAGUACAUGGAGAUCUCCCCCAACAAGCCCUCCUCCAGCCAGUCCAUUCAGUGUGAUGAGAAUGGGAAGUCCUACCUGGAGCUGGGCAGUGCCUCGCCCUACACCCACACCUACUCCAGCGACUGUGGUAACUACACCACCUCCCCCUCCACCACCUACCCAGCACAAUCCUACAAUCAGACCUACACCAGCCCCAGCACCUAUGGACAGCCCAACACCUACUACAACCCAAGGCAGAGCUACAGCCCUGGACCUUAUGCAUACCCAGCUGGAGAGAACUACAGCACCUUUGAAGGAGAGAAUGGAUGCAGCUACAGCUAUGGCGGCAGUGGCUACGGGGCUGUGCGAGGCUCUCUGGUGCCCUCCCGUGGGCCACCCCGCUGCAUGUCCCCAUACUGUGACCCCACCCGAGGCAGCCCCAGGCCCUCAUGUUACCAUCAGCAGCGGCUCUCCGUGCUCAACGUGUCCAUGUACAAACUGAACAGGUUCCGCCAGUUCCCGGACCCCAGCCUUCAUCGGUCCGUUCUGAUCUGCAACACCCUUAGACACAUCGAGCGGGAGUUGGAGGCUGAGGGGGUGAGUGUCGCCUCCCUUCUGGCUCAUUCCCAUGCCCACCCGGCACACUCACACCUCCAGGGUGCCACACUUGGCCCAGGGUCCCCUCCCUGCCCAGAGCCCAUGCCGUCCUCAUCCCCCUCACCCCCUGCAGCCAUGGAUACCUCCUUGUCCUCCAUGCAGACACCUCCGGCAGGCUCUCCACUGGCAGCUCCCUCCACCCCCCCUCCGUCCACUGCAAGCACCCCACCACCCCCUGUCACACAUUACAGCAGUCCUGUGUACCCAACACCUCAGUACCUCCCCACAGACCCUGCCUCAGCCUCCUAUGACAACCGGGAGACUGUGCACCUGCGGCCGUACCCCAACCUGGUGGCCAGCACCUCCCACGAGGAGAGCCGGGAAGGACCUUCAGGGGUGUCAACAGACAACACUGAGGUGGAGAGCUCCCCCGCUCCACCUUCCCCCCGACCCACACCUGCACCCCAGGAGGAGAGGACAGAGGCUAUCAAUUGGUGUUCUGUGCUGAGUCUGUCCUCGCAGACUGAUCUAGACUCCAUGAACAAUAAUGAGUAUGGCGAGUGGAGCAGUGAGGCAGCAAGUGACUUAGACUACAACAGGCCCGAGGACGGCCCGCCCUGGAAGCUGCCAUCUCUCAGUGCUGAGGAUGUGCUCAAGUCUUUUCCCGAGGCCUCAAAAAGACUAGAACCCAAUGAGGACCUUGAUUCCAUAAUAAAUGUCUUGGUUGGCUCUUAGCAUUUAAUGUAGUGUAGCUAAAUAUUAAUUCAUUCCAAAGGAAUAAGUUGAAAUAUUGCCGCCAUGCUGGCAGAAAGAAUACAUCGCAAUCCAGUGCAUUUGUGGACAACCAGACUUUGCUCAACCCCUGGCUGGUGCGGUGGGCCACACCUGCAGCCUCCCGCUCGUGUCCCAAGGGUGCUGGCCUGCAUAGCCCAAACCUGCAGCCUUCUCACCCAUGUCCCAAGGGCACUGGUCUGCUUGGCCCUGGGAAGCUUGCUGUGUGGCUGAGCAGUGAAGGGCCAGUAGCCCCUCUGAUUAAGGUUAAAAACUGUACCUGCAUAUAAAUAUACAGAUAUUAAGUUCUCAUUCAUGUAACAGUGGCAAUAUUCAAGGUUCCGUACCAGAGUUAUAGGCAGGUAGAUGCCAAACUAUUGAUUACUUAAGACAAACUUAAAUGCUGAUACACAUUAUGGACAAAGGUGCUUAUAUUCAGUUUUGAAUGUUAUCUUGACUUUCCUAAGUAUGCUGACAUGUUUCACCUCAAGUGGUUGUGUUGUAGUAUCUUUCAGUAUUUGCAUUAUUUUUUGUAUGAUUAUGGCCUGGAAUAUGAGUAAGCUAAUGCUAGAUAGAAAAGAUUUUUUCUGGCCGACCUUCAAGUUCAAAAUAUUCUGCCCCAUCAAGUGCAGGUGGGUGAAAGGCAGCCCCACCUCACCACCCCAAGCCAUGCCGGGGUCUAAACACAUCACCUGUGGGUUUGUUUCCUUUGGUGCCAAUGGGGCCACACCUUGCUCAGGCCAACACAGGUCAUCAAAAUUGCUUGCAGUGCAAUGUUCUUGCCUCACCAUCAGUGUUGUCUGUCAAUCACGAGGAGCUGGGUGGGGCCUGAGUGGGCUGUGAUGUCCCACUUAUUUAAUUAUAUUGAUCUCGGGUGAUUUUGUUAUAGAAUGACUCGUUGAUUCUAGUCGUGGUGAUCGCCAUAGACCGCAGUGACCACGUGCUGGUGCAGUAAAGUGCACCUCACACAUCUGGCAACAGCUUAUACUUGGUCUCCUGUUCAGUUUCCUUGUGACCAGCACUUGACAACUUUGAAUCUUGCAGUCUUUUCUAUGAACACAAAUGUAUUACUUUUAUAUAUAAUGCUACAUUAUAUUGUUAUAUAUUUUGUCUAAUUUCAGUGACGUCUUGUGAAAUUGUUAACCAGUCAAAAACAUUAGCUGCAUUUGUAUUGUCUUGGGAUUUUUUUACAAGUUCUGAAAAGUACACUUUAAUAUGUCAGUUGCCUCCUCAAUCAUAGAGAUGUUCAUGGGGGCUGUGGAGGGCCUGCCUCUUCCAUGCCUCCUACCAGUGUUUCACUGUCUUUUAUCUCAAAAGUCCACAUGACCAUCACCAGCCAUGUAGCAGGUGAAAUUAGCAGAGCCAGCCAGCAGUGCCACGCCUCAGCCAGGGGUGGCACCUCGUGCAGCCCCCUGCUGGGAGUGGCACCUGUCCUGGCCUAGUAGCAUCACACUACAGCUGGGUUGGCACUCUCGUGCUGCCCAUUGAAUAUGCUGCAGCAGGAGGUAGCACAAGUGUGAAGUACAAUGGCACUGCCUUAACAAUAAUGAUAACUAGUUAGACGAUACUUAAUUGGCUGUGAUGACAUAAGGAAGCUCCCUCACACAAGGCUGAGCGAUUUGUAACCUCGGUUGUGCUCUACUCAAAUUCUCAACCUCUGACCACUAUUGUGAUACGAUUGCUCAGUAUGUAGUAGAGUAAACAGGAGAACCAUGUAGAGAAUUUACCGUUAUUGUUUAUUUUUGUUUGAUAGAACCCAAGCUAGUGCGAGGCCCGGCUCACUGCUGCCCCACGCCCGCCCCACCACGCCCUGGACACUGCUGCUGCUGCUGGGACACACACACACACACACACACACACACACACACACACACACACACACACACACUUCUCCGACGCCCUCCCUCCCCCUCCUGGCCGGCCCGAGCGAGCUUGAGUACAUACAUUCAAUUAUUAAUGGUUUGGUAAAAACGAUGGCGGUGUGUGGGGGGGUAAUGGGGUAGCUCCCUUCCCCCGAGUAUUGAUUAGCUGAGGACACGGCAGACCAGCAGCCGCCGCUAAAGCUGGGGCGCCGCGCCACCGCAGCGGCCCCCGUCAGGAGCGGAGGAACGCAGCAGCAGCAGCCCCUUGCCUCACCGCUGGGGUGGUGCGAGGGGCGCGUCACAUCCGUGGUGCAGAGGUUCAGCGUUGGGGCCUCGGGCCUUCACAUCAUAAUUAUCUGUGACCCUCUCUGGGGAUGACCCAAUGGUUAUUAUGGUAAUGAGUCAUAGCAGAGAAAACUGUGUAUAAUUCUGUGCUGCUUUGUCGCCGCGGCGGCAAACCUGCGCGCAGACGUACUUACAGCGCGGUAGAGCCGAGGGGAGACCCAAGCCAAAGACAUUUUCCGUAUGAAAAAUUAAGGUGACAAAUAUGUUUUGGCAGUUUCAUAGAUGGCUUUAUGAAGCAAAUGAAAUGUAUUUUAUAUAGAUUUUUGUGUAUAUAUUUAUUAUAUGUAAAUAUCUGUAAGUAAUGUCAAAAUAAUUAAGCAAUAAAAAAUCAAGUGUCAA